AAACAUCCGGAGAUAAAAGCGUUGAUGAAGCCAGACUACAACUUGAUCUGGGUGGUUGUGCUGAUGGUUCUUGCACAGUUGACUGCAUUUUACCUAGUUAAAGACUUGGACUGGAAAUGGGUAAUCUUCUGGGCCUAUGUUUUUGGAAGCUGUAUCAGCCACUCCAUGACUCUGGCGAUUCAUGAGAUCUCUCACAAUAGUGCCUUUGGCAACAGCAAAGCCAUGUGGAACCGAUGGUAUGGAAUAUUUGCCAACCUCCCUCUUGGUCUCCCAUACUCCAUAUCCUUCAAGAGAUACCACAUGGAUCACCAUCGUUACUUGGGUGGCGAUGGAAUUGAUGUGGACAUUCCAACCAACUUUGAAGGCUGGUUUUUCUGCACUCGUUUUAGGAAGUUCAUAUGGAUUGUUCUUCAGCCUUUUUUCUAUGCGAUUAGACCUCUCUGCAUCAAUCCCAAACCCAUUACUCGACUUGAAAUAAUCAAUUUGUUGGCUCAGCUUUCCUUUGAUGUCAUGAUAUAUUAUUUAUGGGGAGUUAAAUCCAUUUUUUACAUGCUUGCUGGGUCAGUACUUGGCCUUGGGUUGCAUCCAAUUUCAGGACACUUCAUAGCUGAACAUUACAUGUUUUUAAAAGGACAUGAGACUUACUCCUACUAUGGGCCGCUUAAUUUGCUCACUUUUAAUGUUGGCUAUCACAAUGAACAUCAUGACUUCCCCAAUAUUCCUGGGAAGAGCCUUCCACUGGUGAAGAAAAUAGCAGCUGAAUACUAUGACAACCUGCCACAAUAUAACUCUUGGAUAAAAGUACUGUAUGACUUCGUGAUGGACGACACAAUCAGCCCAUAUUCACGCAUGAAAAGGCAAUUAAAGGGUGAAGUGAAGGAAGAUUAAACUUCUGGCAACCAAAAAACUUUGAAAUGUCUGCUUGCUUUAAAGUGGCUGGUAUAAGGUCUCUUGCUAAAGAUGUUCACCAGUGUCCUACAUAAAGAUUACAGCAACAUAGCAAUGCAUCCUUAAGGAUUUUGUAGCAGACUCCUACCAGCUAUAACAUUCCUUGCAGUCCUCAGAUUCAUGGAUUUAAUGUGUGUAUGUUUGCCCAAGGAUCAGUGUUAUAUGCAUAAUGCUAAAUCACUUUGUUACAGAAUUUACUUUGGCAGGUGUUAAAUCUAUAUAAAAUAUAUGUCUCUUAAUAUUUUAAAAGUUCUCAAUGUAGCCCUCCUCACAGCCCACACUGUGCUGUUUAGAUGACCAUAGUGUUAAAAUGCUGUACUUACCUGUUAAUUCUAAACUAAUGUGAUUUGUCAGCUUAAACCUUCAGUUGAACCUGUUUUCAAAUGUAUGGGUGGAAGAACUAAAUUUGCACAGAAAUGUU